UCCAGACUGCUAAAUCGGUGAAGGGUGUAUGCUGUUUGCAACCCUGUACAGCACAGCAAUUCUUUAAUGUGCAGUGACAUGAGAUUCAACCCUAUUGAUGAAAACAACAAUUGGCUCUGACACGCACACUGUACAUUAUGUUUACUGUAAUUGGCUAAUAUAUAGCCAAUAAUAUUCAACUACAACAAUAUUCACCGUAGGUGGUUUGUUGUGUAUCUGAAAGCUACUGGUUGGCGCCGGCGUGCCCCGCUAGAGGGCGCUACUCGCGGCGAGGAGACGUUAAAGAGAAAGAAGCGUUGUCACGUGACCAUUCAUCCGCCAAAUUUGGUUUGUUUCAGGUUUGUUUGUCCAAUACAGUCUAUGGUUUCUCCACGGCUCUUUAAAGAAGCGGGUGGCACCGGAAAUGUGGUGAUUUUAAUUUCAAAAUAACGUACAUUACGCGCCCGAAUAACUCGCUCUCACCAAGAGACGGCCGCGCGAAAGGGGCUUUAAGCCGAAAGUUGUCACCGGAAGUUUGUUUUUAUUUUGAAUGACUUGAUACCGCUGGAAGACGAAGGUGCAGAUAACGAAGCCCGGCUAACUUGUAAACAACUAUGAACCGAAUCGAGGCGGACGCAGCUGACACGGGGGAGAAGCUCGAGCAGAAACACUUGGAGAGGAGGAAACAGUUGCCACCUUCAGAAGACAUCCCCUCAGGAUCCAGUGAUGAAGCAGUGCGAAGGCUCAUGUUGACCCACAGACCCCGGCGACAAAGCAAAGAGUUGAAAUGCUACGGCAGAGCUUUAAAUGAGCUGUUCAGAGCGGUUGCCAACCAUCCUGAACAGUUUGGUAGUGAUCACAGUCUGCAUGGCAGCAACGAGGACCUGACGAGGGACUUUGGCGCUGCUCCACUUCAGGACUCUCGGGUGCUGUUUACAGAGACAGAUGUGACCCUGCCUUCCUUUCUGGAUAAUAGCCCUGGGUCCAAUGAAACUGAGGAAGACAGAGAGUUACAGAGAGUUCACAUAUACCCUGACUCAUGCCGCUCCUCCUCAUCCUUGGUACUCGUAAAGGUUUACCAAGAAAUGAUGACCAUCUAUGAACAGCUGAAGGCAGAGCGACAAGGCCACCAGCAGUGGGAGAGGGAGCUGCAAGAACGAGAAAGGAGGCUGAAACAGCAGGAGGAGGCGUUUGGAAGGCUGGCCGGCCUGGAAGAGAUGCUCCAUACUCGCAUACUGGCUGUAGAGGAGAAACACCAGCAGGAGCUCAGCCAGCUGCAGGAUCUCCUUAGAGAGAGGAACAAAGAGAACAGGAGGCUCAAAUCCAGCUUCGACACCAUCAAGGAGCUGAAUGACAACACAAAGAAACAGCUGAAUGAGCUGAGUGAACAGAACAAAAAGUUGGAGAACCAGUCCAAGAGGGUGCAGGCUCGACUCGAGAACCUUCAGAGGAAAUAUGAACUCAGCAAGACACCAAGAGGCUGUCAGAAGGACGGCGUUAAGAGCUUCGAGCCAAUGAAACCAUCCAAAAAUGAGAGAACUGCUGUUUCUGGAAAACCUAGCAGCAAGGGCAGCUCCAGUCCCACCCCAACAAAGCUGCUGGCCCUUUUACUGGACUGGGUUCUUGAUGGACGGACGUUCUCAUCGGUAGCGUCAAAUGACGGGAAAGGUGUGGAACAGUGUCUGCCUCUGAAGAUUGUGCUCAACGACAGAUGCCUCCAGGUGAUGCCGUUAUUAGCAGAUCAGCUUCAUCACACUCCUUUGACGGAACCGGACCUCCUCCUCAGCCUUCUUCGCCUCAUCCACUGGGCUCUGAAACACUUGGACAAUAGCGCACAACACGUAGCGCUAUCUGCCACUCUGCGGCGGAUAGGAGAGGAAAUGUCAAAGCCUGCAGCCCAGUCAGCAGUGCUGCAAUGUGAAGGUCCAGCCCUGCCCAAGUCCAGCAGUGAGAUAGCUGGACACCUCAGGAGCUGUCCCCUGUACCAGAGCUCCUGUCCUCACACGCGCAUCCUGUCCACCCUCAUUAUCCUCCGUACGGUCACACAAGCUGACGUGCGGGCCCAGGCCCUGGACAGCCUCCACACCGAGCUGGUGUCUGAGGAGCGCCGAGGCCUGUUUCUCCACUACGGAGGAUUGUGUGUGCUACUGAUGGUGUUACAGGCUGGCCGCAGCUCCUCACACACACCCAUGGACAUCCUGAUGCAGCUAACUGAACCGUCCCGCUACCUAAAUCGCUUCCUGGAGACGUGUAGCUGCGAGAAGUUUUUCCGAACAGCAUCCCAGCUCCUGAAACACCCUCGUCUGGAGCUCCCAUCACUAGAGAAGCUCUCUAUCCUUCUGCAAAAGCUCUCCAGCAACAGGAAGAACCGUCGUCUGUUUGAGCUGUCCUCUCUCCACCUCCAGAUUCAAGAGCUGUAUCACAAAACCAAUCAAACGCACACUUUCCUCGGCCUCAACCUCAGGUCCAUUCUCCACAACCUUAAAUAGACUGUGCACACACACACAUAUACAUGUUUCUGUCCCGCCUGCUGGAGUCGGGGUCUCAAAAAGCUCAGACUUCCCAGUUAAAAGAAAUUACUUAAUUUGUAUUAUCUUGAGCACGCUGCUCGAUCUUUCAUGUCUGUACUGUAUGUCCGACUGUAUAGCAUUUGAACGCACCACCCUGCUCUUUAACAUAUGCAGACCCACAUUCUUUAUUUAUGUUGUGAUGUUUUUUGAAGUUCUUUAGUCUGUCGGAAGUACUCUGUUAACGUUGUGUAUGUUUUGCACUUUGUGACUCCUCUGCUUUUUGUGUUCCACAAUGCUAAUCUGAUGUUUUUGUCUUUUCUUUUUUGUGUGAUAGAGGACCCUUUAUAAAAAUGAGUGCUCAUACUUUGCCUGUGGCUUUAAUGGGUGUCUCAUGUGCUCAGAGGAAGAGAGAGGCUUUGACUAUGAAGCUUUUUAAAGGCAAUAAACAAAAAGAACUAAAGAACGUUAAAAUUGGACUGUAUAUGAAAUACUGAAAUCCA